AUGUUGGCCAACGUGGAGAGGAAUGUGAACCCGUCACAAGUUGCAUAUGAUGUGCCUGGGAUUUGGGCGGGCAAGAUUCCCUACUUGCAGGAACUUGUACCAGAACAAACUGCACGCGAAGAUUGGUCGCCAAAUAAAGCAGCUAGCAAUACUGCACGUGGAAGGAGACGACCUCAAGGAUAUAAUGCUAACUUUGAAUCUCAGGGCCUUGGAUUGGGAUAG